AUGCCAGCCAGGAAAAGUUCGCACUCGAAACCAAACGGUGGGGAUAAAUAUUCAGUGUUGUUGCCCACCUAUAACGAAAGAGAAAACCUCCCUUUGAUUGUGUGGCUUUUGGUGAAAUAUUUUGAUGAAAGUGGUUACAAAUACGAGAUUAUCGUGAUCGACGAUGGAAGCCCGGAUGGGACAUUGGCAGUGGCGGAACAGCUCCAAACCAUAUAUGGAAAGGACAGAAUUCUUCUUCGGCCACGAGAAAAGAAGCUAGGACUCGGCACUGCGUAUAUCCAUGGCAUGAAGCACGCUACAGGAAAUUUCAUUUUCAUCAUGGAUGCUGAUCUCUCCCAUCAUCCCAAAUUCAUCCCGGAAUUUAUCAAAAAGCAGAAAGAAGGCGAUUAUGAUAUGGUAUCGGGGACUCGCUAUCGAGGCAAUGGAGGUGUUUACGGCUGGGACUUGCGCAGGAAACUCAUCAGCCGUGGAGCCAACUUCCUGACUCAAGUGCUAUUGAGGCCCGGUGCAUCAGACCUCACAGGCAGCUUCCGACUGUACAAAAAGAAAGUUCUGGAAAGUCUGGUUGAGCGCUGCGUGUCCAAAGGUUACGUCUUUCAAAUGGAAAUGGUCGUCCGAGCCAGACAGCUCAACUACACUAUUGGAGAGGUUCCCAUCACCUUUGUGGAUCGGGUCUACGGCGAGUCCAAACUGGGAGGGAAUGAGAUUGUGUCGUUCGUGAAAGGCCUGCUAACACUUUUUGUCACCACAUGA